UUUGUUAGAAGUACCUCCCAUAAACGAGAGUGAGUUAGAGACUUAUAUUUGACGUCUUAUCAGAAGUCGCCUGUCAGUCAGCUGUCGACAGACACUGAAGUUUGUUUUCCUCAGACCACUUUUCUGGAUUUGUUUUGGUUUCGCCGCUCCGUUCUCACACAGUUGUUGCACAUGGGGUUCCUACUAACCAAGAUGAUGGCCGUGUUCGGGGACGCAGAGCACAAAGUCAUCAUUGUGGGUUUGGACAAUGCUGGAAAGACAACCAUCCUCUACCAAUUUCUGACAAAAGAAGCUGUCCACACAUCACCCACCAUUGGAAGCAACGUUGAGGAAAUCACCGUUCGUAACACUCACUUCAUGGUUUGGGAUAUUGGAGGGCAGGAGAAUCUCAGAGCCAGCUGGUACUCGUACUACUGUAACACAGAGAUUGUCAUUCUGGUUGUGGACAGCACAGAUCGUGAAAGACUGACUGUAACCAAAGACGAGCUUCACCGAAUGCUCGCAUAUGAGGAUCUACAGAAUGCAGCCAUUCUUGUUAUGGCUAAUAAACAGGACGUGAAGGGCUCCAUGUCAGCAGCAGAGAUCUCCCAAUACUUAACUCUUGACUCCAUCACUACACACCCAUGGCAUGUCCAAGCCUGCUGUGCCUUAACAGGAGAAGGUCUACCUGCUAGUCUAGACUGGAUGAAAUCACAGGUUGUGGAAAACUAAAAACACCCUCCAGUAGAUCAAACUUCCUCAGACUGAGCCAACCUCUGCUCUGCAGAGGCCACAUUGUCAGUAUGAUUUACAGUGUUUCAGGCCUGUGCGAUAGCACCAGCGAUGGAGCAUGCUUGCCACACCUACAGUGCCUGUGUAGGAGUCUGCACACAGCUGCUUCACUUCUCUUUCAGCCUCAGGGUGGAUGAACAACAGAGACACCUGGAUGAUUUAAGGUUUUUUUUGUUUUGUUUUGUUUUUCAGUUCUCUUGAACUUAGUGUUCCAGCGAAGACAUCUCACUGUUCAUUUUCACUCUAAAGACAUGUACUGUGCACAAAUAAUAAUAGAAAAUAUCUGACAUGACCAGUAAUAUUACAUUCCACUUGCAUUCAUAAGAGUUUGCUAAUUUCACUACAAUUGAUGAGUCAAAUACUUUUUUGUAUUACUGAAAUGAUACAUUGUGACUUAGGGCUGGGCAAUAUCUCGAGAUUUUCAAAAAUAUCGCGACUUUAUCAGACGCAAUAUAGAAGGAAGCAAUAUCGUUUAUAUCGAAAUAGCUUGUUUUGAGUUAAAAGCAUCUUUUCUUUUGCAUUUUGCACAGCUGUGUUUUUGUUACAGUCAUUGAAAA